AUGGCGUGCCUUUUGCAGAUGUCGUGCCUCCUUAUAUUUGCGAAUAAUGCGCUGGGACUCGAACAAUUUUCGCUGAACGGACGCUGGAGAGCCAGCAACAGCAACGGCUCUAUCACCGUACCCAGUACUGUGCCUGGCGGAAUAUACACGGACCUCAAUAUGGCCGGCAUAAUAGGCGAACCGUAUUACGGCGAUGGUGAUGUCGAGUACGAAUGGGUUGGCUGGGAGAGCUGGAAAUUCUACAGAAGCUUUGUAGCUCCUACGUACAUAACAGAUCACCGCCAUGUAAAGCUCGUGGCUCACGGCAUCGACACUGCCUGCACAGUGACGUUGAAUGGUAUCGACGCGCUCAACACGAGCAACAUGUUCGUCCGCUACGAGGUCGACGUGACGAGCAUGCUAAGGAGGAACAACAGCAUCGUGGUGAGCUGCGAGUCGCCGCUGCGGUACGCCUUGCGCAAGCACGAGCUGCGCGUCAGCAGCAAUACGACCCCCGUGUACCCGCUGUGCGCGCCACCGGAACAGAGGGGCCAGUGUCACAUCAACUUGAUUCGCAAGAUGCCGUGCUCGUUCGGCUGGGACUGGGGUCCGUCGUUUCCCUCCACUGGAAUAUGGAAACCGAUCGAGCUGGUGGCCUACAACCAAGUUUUUAUUCGAGAUGUUACUGUGACGACGACACCAAAACGUGAGUCUUCAAUGGUGCGAUUCGCGAAUAUGGCAAAUAGCAACAAGUCGCAGGAGGAUUACAGCGGAAAAGUGACGGUGCCCAUCAGCCUUACAGAUGACAUGGAAAUAGAGCGAUGGUGGCCAUCUGGCUACGGGAGUCAGAAGCUGUACCACCUGAACGUGUCCAUGUCUGUCGAUGACGAACAGUGCGACAAGGUCAUCAGAUUUGGAUUUCGCACCGUUGAGCUCGUGGAAGAUGACAUCUGUAAGUCCAAUGACACUCUAGGAACGGAGUUCUACUUCAAAAUCAACGGUGUGCCAAUAUUCGCCAAAGGAAGCAACUGGAUUCCAGCGGACAUCUUUCCAGAGAGGGUUACGGAGGCAUACGUCAGAGACCUGCUGCAGUCCGCCAAGGAUGCCAACAUGAACAUGAUUCGUGUUUGGGGCGGUGGUACUUACGAGACAGACCACUUCUACGACCUCGCCGAUGAACUUGGAAUUUUGAUCUGGCAAGACCUGAUGUUCUCCGUCAGCCAGUAUCCCUCAGACAACAACUUCCUCCGCAGUGUUGCCGCUGAAGUGAGGCAGCAGGUUCGUCGUCUUCAACGUCAUCCGUGUCUGAUCGUGUGGGUUGGCAACAACGAGAACGAAAAUAAUUUAUUCGUUAACUUCUGGGGAAACGCCAAAAGUGGUUUGAAUGACUAUCGACGGCUGUACAUUUACACCAUAAAAAGAGUCAUUGACAGAGAAGAUAGGUCACGCCCUUUCCUGUCCUCGACUCCCAGCAACGGCAGGAACGGAAGCCCCGUCUUGCACAACACUUCGCUUCCUGUACGAUUGCACUUGGAUAUGGACGACGUCUGGAAGUAUGGUUCUCCGAACAGCGAAGAGCGUGGCGACUUGCACUACUACGAGUACUGGGACUAUGCCUGGCUUCCGGCGAUGUAUCCGAUUGCUCGAUUCGUGAGCGAGUACGGUCUCCUGUCUUACCCAUCUCCUGGCACCAUGAGGAAGAUAGCGCCGGAGUCGACGCUAGUAUUCCCCUUCUCGCCGUUUCUCCAAGCUAGGCAGCAUCACAGCGGAGGUACAUCAGAAUUGAUACAAUCACUGUACGUGUACUUCGGCAUAGCCGCACACGACUCUAGUUUCAACAGGACGGAAGAAGGCUACGCCAUGGUUUCGUAUUUGAGCCAGGUUGUGCAAGCGGAAGCUGUUCGCACCGGCUGCGAGUCAUUCCGGCGUUGGCGCAGCUACCUCGAUGAGGGUGGUCAUGGCCACACCAUGGGCGUCCUCUACUGGCAGCUGAACGAUAUCUGGCAGGCACCGUCGUGGUCUUCCAUAGAGUAUGGAGGUCGUUGGAAAAUGCUACACUACUUCGCCAAGAAGUUCUACAGUCCAGUGCUCGUGUCACCGUUCUCGAACAAAACACACCUCACUGUGUUCAUCGUCAACGAUGAACUUUCACCGUUGGAAAAAGUUUCGCUCAAAAUUUUUUCUCAGAAGUGGACGUCUUUCGUUCCUGAAAACACCACGGCCUUUGAACUCGUGGUGGUGAGCCAGGCUUCUCAUUUUUAUGGCGACCCUCAUGCAAAACGUCUGAAUCUCUUUAGGCCGACAAGUUAUUUUCGAAAAUUGGAACCAUCGGUUCCAACUUGUUGCCCCGCUGCCAGCUCUUUCGAGGCAGUCAUCAUACCGUUGGACAGCCUGUGGAACACCAGUUCGUGCUCGAGUACAGAAUGUUUCUUGUGGUUCACGCUAGAGGAUACUCUGACAGCGUUCCCGCUUGCGCCAGAGGCUUAUGUCCUGCCCGCUCGACUUGCCAACGCAACCUUAGUGCAGGCAACUAUAAAGGUAGUAUCCGUAACGGGACCACUAUUUGCCGACCACGAGCCGUACAGCUAUAAGGUGAACCUUUUUACGGAUAACGUGGCGAUCUUCGUGUGGCUCGACUCACAGCACCUGAGCGGUCGAUUCUCCGACAACGGUUUUCUGCUCAGAGAAUCAAACAAGGUGGUUUUCUUUCGAACCAACGAGAAAGUGUCUGCCGAGGAGCUUCGAGAUGCCAUAGCCAUCUACACAGUCUCGGAUUGCACGGCUAAACCUGGGUGCCCGGUCGGCUACAGCAAGAAUUAUCCACGCCCACGUUAUGAUGCAACGGAAACACAGAAUGACACAGUAGCGGGCGGACUCACGAACUCUGACUCAACGCAAACGCAGAAUGACCGUGUAACGGGCGCUCACUUGAGUAGCGUAGUGGUUUGAGCG